UCUCAAUUUCCAUGAAAAACGCAUUAGGUGUCUCGUACUCGCACACCAACAAUUCCCCCAAUUCUUAGGGUCAGGGCUUUUUCUUGCUAUACAAUUUCAUUGCUGCUCUUUUUGUUACUCUUUCUCUGACCCUUGUCCUCUCCUUUCCUCUUUCUUUCCGCUCGAUUUUUGUCACCCUUAUCGUCCGUUCUUCGAUUUCCGCUCCGAUACGGCGGAGUCUCCCGCGUGCUAUCUUAACAUUUUACGGAAGUCCAACAUUGGUGGAGAGACAGCUCUGGGCGAGCGCCAAGGAGGACAAUAAUAGGGAAACUUUGAAGUAGAGAAACGCCCAACCCAUUCUACCUGACCAUGACUCGCGCUCGGAGGUCAAGUAAUUUGGGUGCGGACAUACCGGGUGACACCAGCGCACCAGCAAUGUCUACCAUGAACGAGGUCAGUCCGAUCGAGACAGAAGCUCCGAAAUGGGAUAAGUCUCCGGCCAAGUCGCCCAAAUCGCAAUCGAAGCGUCGCAAGAACAAGUCCGCCCUCCGUCGCUUCAAAGAUACAUGCUUGAAGCACACAUGGCUUCUGCCUCUUCUUAUGUUGACCGUGUUGCUCGCUCUGUACGCCGUCAACCCCACUCCGUCCAAUCCGCUGCAUAGCGCAAUCUUUCUGUCCUACCCUCAAGCGCCGAAAACCCUCGGUGGCCCGGUGAUGUACGGAAAAGGCCCUAAAGAUAUUGCCUUUGUCGCUUUUUAUACCAUCGUUCUGUCCUUCACGCGGGAGUUUAUCAUGCAGCGCAUCAUCCUACCUUGGGCUAUAUACUGCGGAAUCCGCGGCAAGGGUAAAACAGCGCGCUUCAUGGAGCAGGUAUACACCGCGAUCUACUUUGCCAUCUUUGGUCCAUUUGGUCUGUACGUCAUGUACAGAUCCGACAUUUGGUAUUUCAACACAACGGCUAUGUUUGAGGGCUUCCCGCAUCGGGAGCAUGAGGCUCUAUUCAAAGCUUACUAUCUGCUGGAGGCGAGCUACUGGGCCCAACAAGCCAUCGUUCUCCUACUUAUGCUGGAGAAGCCCCGAAAGGACUUCAAGGAGCUUGUCGCACAUCACAUCAUUACCUUGGCUCUGAUUGGUCUGAGCUACAGAUUCCACUUCACCUACAUGGGCCUCGCGGUCUACAUCACCCAUGACAUCUCCGAUUUCUUCCUCGCAACUUCUAAAACUUUGAAUUACCUUGACUCGAUUAUCACUGCACCUUAUUUCGGUAUGUUCGUUGGGAUGUGGAUCUACCUCCGCCACUUCUUGAACCUUAAGAUUCUCUGGGCGGUCCUGACCGAAUUCCGAACCGUUGGUCCUUUCGAACUCAACUGGGAGACCCAGCAAUACAAGUGCUGGAUCAGUCAGUAUAUUACCUUCGCCUUGCUCGCGAGCUUGCAGGCAGUCAACCUCUUUUGGCUCUUCCUGAUUCUUCGUAUCCUGAAGAACUACCUGUUCAACAGCAUCAAGAAGGAUGAGCGGAGUGAUGAAGAGGAUGAGGAAGACGAUGGAGAGGGCGAUGAAGAACUGGAACAGGAACAGAACGGUCGUGCUGCUCUGGCCACUGGUGCUGAAGUGCCCACCAUUACUGCCCGGAAGGUCGAUAAGGAGAACCAGGCUCCACAAGUUCUGGUCAACGGAAAGCCCCUCAACGAGAAGGCUAGCCGCCGGUAGAAGAUGCUCCCGGAUUGGUCUCAUCCGUUUAAAAGGUAGGGCCCAUGUCAUGCGAUGUUAGCUGGUUUUGCUCUACCUUCUCUUUUCCUUAGCUUUCGAGCUAUUUGAACCAA